CAGGUAUUGUCGAUAUCGCUAAAUAUUCGUACAACGCUCUGUCGUCGAUAUUUGAAAUUUUGUUCCAUACAAAAUUUUAAAAUCGCCAGAAAAAGUGAUUUAAAUGGUUUUCGACGUGCAAAUUAUCAGUUAUUUCGUGAACUUGUGGAAUUUUAGCAUAGGCUCAAGAGUAGUAGGUUCGUAACACCACACUCUGGUCACAUCUCUCACCCACCAACAUCGGACGUUUCUAACCGGGUGUUCCAGGUGAGAGCCGCAGUGGAUAAAUAACUAUUGGCCAGAAUGCAGUUUCUAUUCUUUGGAUGUUUUAAACCAAAAGUCGCGUUCUUCACAAAACAACCGGGAAUAUUUAAAUUCUGUUUGGCGGCACCAAAAUCCAGAAGUAGUUACAUCACCAAUACCGAAGGAAGCUGCAGUGCUGCUACUAGAACCCAAGAGAUUCUACAAGAGAUUGCAGUCGACGAGUCGGAUAUAAGCACUGACCAAACUACAGCAACCUACAGAGUUUUUGGCGAGGAGAACGUUCCAAUAGAAACGCCCAGGCCAACACUAGCUCAAGGAAAGGAAGAAGAAGAAAAACAAUUCUAUCACAACAGUAUAGAUGAUUUCGUGGUUAUAAAUCAGCAGCCUUUGAGUAAGAACUCGUCAUUCGCCAGUAAGGAUUCUAGCCUUUACUCAUUAAACAUUGGAGAGAGUGAUUUUCAAAAGCCAAAGUCAUUGACAGCGCCGCCACGUUUGGAGGGAAAUUUUCGAAAUUCAUUGAACGACUUACUUCUGGCAUCAAGGCGUUCCGAAUAUCUACAAAACAGUAGCGUGUCGAUUGAUUCAUCCGGUGGAAAAAGUACAAGUAAGGCGGCUAAUAAAGUCACUGACACCGAAGUAGGAGAAACUAGUAUCAUGUCAGCUUCAACCGCAACUAAUAGCGCCGGAGGUGCUUCAGCAAGCGACAAACAGCCCUGGCCCAAUUCAAAAGAUGACUAUGAACUUAGGGAUGUUAUUGGCGUCGGCGCCACUGCUGUUGUCCAUGCAGCGCUUUGCAUACCACGCAAUGAGAAAUGCGCUAUUAAACGUAUUAAUCUUGAGAAAUGGAACACCUCUAUGGAUGAACUGUUGAAGGAGAUUCAAGCGAUGUCAUCGUGCAAUCAUGAGAAUGUCGUAACCUACCACACUUCGUUUGUAGUGAGAGAAGAAUUGUGGCUUGUCUUGAGGCUGCUGGAGGGUGGAUCCCUUUUGGACAUUAUAAAACAUAAAAUGCGGACAACUAAUUGCAAAAAUGGAGUUUUUGACGAGGCCACUAUUGCUACUGUGCUCAAAGAGGUGCUGAAGGGCCUGGAGUAUUUCCACUCGAAUGGACAGAUACAUCGCGACAUUAAGGCCGGUAAUAUUCUUAUUGGUGAUGAUGGCACCAUCCAAAUUGCCGAUUUUGGUGUAAGUGCCUGGUUAGCAACUGGUCGGGAUUUGUCCCGACAAAAGGUGCGCCACACGUUCGUAGGCACUCCCUGUUGGAUGGCCCCCGAAGUUAUGGAGCAAGAUCAUGGCUAUGACUUUAAAGCUGACAUUUGGUCAUUUGGUAUAACAGCCAUUGAAAUGGCCACGGGCACAGCUCCAUACCACAAGUACCCACCGAUGAAGGUGUUGAUGUUGACUUUACAGAACGAUCCACCCACUUUAGACACAGGAUCGGAAGAGAAAGACCAGUACAAAGCCUAUGGCAAAACAUUCCGCAAGAUGAUUGUGGAGUGCCUGCAAAAGGAACCAUCGAAACGACCAACAGCUGCCGAACUGUUAAAAAACGCUUUCUUUAAGAAGGCCAAAGAUCGGAAGUAUUUGACUCAAACUUUGCUAGCGUCUGGUCCUUCAAUGGAGACUCGUGUGCAUAAGGCAGCAAAACGCCAGCCUGGCCAGUCUGGUCGUUUGCACCGCACUGUUACCGGAGAAUGGAUGUGGUCGGAUGAAGAAGACGAAGGAAAACGACAUUCGUCAGACUCCGAAUCCGACGAACGGCCCGUUAACCGAUUAGAAAGAGCCGAUUCUUCCGAUAGUGAUCGGGAAGAUCCAUCAGAACACACUGAACCCACUGCCUCCGUAUCUGCUCCCCAACAUCAGGCACAAGCCUCACAAAAUCAAACUGCGCAAACACAGGUAGUGCAACAACCACAAACUCAAGGUGGCCUGCCACAAUCGCAGCAAUUUGUACAACAGUCGCAUCAGGUGCAGGAUGCCAUUAUGCAACAACAGCAAAUACAACAGUCACCUGCCGCAAUGUCACCAAAUUCUGUAGCACAAGCCACAGAAGCAAUGGCACAGAUGCCACUACCAUCGAUUGAUGCAAGUGGUGCUGGAGCCGAUGCUCCGCCAGUUAACCUUGUCUUGCGCAUGCGUAACGUUCGUCGUGAAUUGCAUGACAUUCGUUUCGAAUUUGCCGUGGGCAAGGAUUCCGCUGAAGGUAUUGCUGCUGAAUUAGUUGACGCCGGCCUAGUAGAUCCUCUUGACACACAACCAAUGGCUAUUAAUCUGCAUCAGUUAAUCGAACAGCGACAUGCCUUGAAAACUGUAACGUUCCAAUUAAAUUCAGGGGUACAACCAGGUGAAGUACCCGAUGAUCGCUCGCUGGUCGGGUUUGCUCAAAUAUCAAUUACAGAUUAAAAGUAGUCUACUUAAGAAGAGAACCACUACAAUAUAAAUUUCAAAGGAGCUUCAGACAUCCCCCAAAACCUUUUACACAGACACAAACACGCCGCCACCAUCACAACACCA